AUGAGUGCGCCAACAGGGGCCGUAAACUUAACAUCUCAUAAGUCCAAAAUUAAUCUGCAUCAAGGUGCUGGGACUUCUGCAGCACCUCAUAUCCACCAUGUAAAGCAUAUUGGUGGAAAGCAUGACCAGAAAAUAGUGGUGCCACAGAUCCCACGAAAAAAUUACCUACAAUAUCUAGAAGAGAAACGAAGACUGCAGUUCAAGAAAUUCCUUCUCCACAGAAUAUUUUUUGUGGCCAAAAUAUCAGAAAACGUGGACAAGAAAAGUAUUACUGAUUACUAUGAGCAGCUCUUUCAAGCCAUACUCAAGAGUCACCUGGGAGAAAGUGUUACUGGGAUCAUCCUUAUAUAUCCUACAACCAUUCUCCAUGUUCUUGAGAGCUCUGUAGGGACCAUUUACAGAAUUCUUACUGACUAUGUUUCUCAUGAAAAGGCUGAAACUGCAUUUUUGCUCCAUGAUCUUAAAAUUUUAGUUGUAUCCCACAACAUCCCAACGAGACUCUUCCUGCAAUGGUUCGCCUCUGAAGUCAAAGCACCUGUGAUGUAUCUGGAAGAUGUCACCCAGUCACAAUCUAAAGAUGAGGUGGUCACUGAGUGCCUGACCCUGGUACUCAAACUUGGCAUGUACCUUUUUAAGAAUGUGAAAGUGGGCACUAAAGGACCAGGAGAUAACUUGCACAGUCUUGUACCUGACCUUCUACUCCCUGAAGAAAUCAUCAAGUACCUUUGUAGAGCUGAAGGCUUCUUGAGCCCAGCGAUGUUUUUAUCAAUGUAUAACAAGCCUAUUCAUGUGACAUUGGAUGCAGAAAUUGUGUGGCCCACCCCGACCCCUCUAGGAUGA